AUCAGGUCAAGGUCUCAACAAGUACACUCCCAUCCCAUGUCAAAAUAGUCAGCCCAACCCAAACAUUAUUAUAACCAAAAUAUUCUUUUAUUUAACCCAUCGAUCAAACCAAUGCGACCCUUCUACGGCGGUGCAACCCAAGCUAACCAAAUAUUCCAUUUCCAUCCACCACCGCAACAACCGCCGUAGCUGCUCCGAUAUUCCCCUUGUCACUGUCAUUCCGCCACCGCCAACCGCAAACAAACACUCUCUUUAUAUAUUCCUUUGUAAUUAUUCUCUCUUCUACUUCAAGCUUCUUCAAUUCUUCUUAAUAUUAUUCCUGUUCGCGUUUCAUUCUCCACCGCUGCUUCUACGUCGUCGUUUUGGAUUUCGGAAAAUGUACGGACGCGAUCUCGUCUUCUUCUCCACUUUAGUCAAUAACAAUAAAAAUAGCAAAUCUCUAACUUCCGAUCAGUCUCUGAUCAUCGGAGGUUUGUUCCUCGAUCAUAUAACCGUUUCUCCUUCUUCUUCGUCGUCUUUGAUUUCAUUAACCGCUAAAACUAAGCUGACUAGUUUUUCGCCGCCAAAAUCUUUGUUAUUAAGUUUCAAUAACAAUGGAGGUCGCGUAAAGAGAAGAUGUAAGCCAGGCCUGUUUUUAUCAGUGAGCUUGUCGUUAAAAGAAGAAGAAGGAGACGGCGAAGUUGAAGUGGAAGAAGAAAAUGCCGCGGCGGUUUUCGCGGAGGAGAAAGUCAAAGUUAAAAGAUCACGAUCUGGUGCUCUUAAUACGACAAAACAUCUCUCCGCCGGCGCUAUUGCUACGGUGGUUGCAAGAACUUGUCUAGCGCCUCUGGAAAGACUGAAGCUCGAGUAUGUACUUCGUGGCGAGCAGAAGAAUUUGGUGGAGCUAUUCAAGACGAUUGCUGCAGCGGAAGGGGCUAAAGGUUUUUGGAAAGGGAAUUUACUAAAUAUUCUUCGCACUGCGCCGUUUAAAUCUAUCAACUUCUACGCUUUUGAUACUUACAGAAAACAGUUGUUGAAAUGGUCUAAGAAUGAGGAAAGCACUAAUUUUGAGAGGUUUGUAGCUGGUGCUGCAGCUGGAAUUACGGCUACCUUACUGUGCUUGCCAUUGGACACUAUAAGGACUAAGAUGGUUGCACCUGGUGGGGAAGCUCUUGGUGGUUUAAUUGGAACUUUUGGCCACAUGAUCCAGACUGAAGGGUUCUUUUCUCUUUAUAAGGGUUUGGUACCCUCAAUAGUGAGCAUGGCACCUUCUGGUGCAGUUUUCUACGGGGUUUAUGAUAUUUUAAAGUCAGCAUAUCUCCAUUCACCAGAAGGGAAGAAGAGAAUUGAAAACAUGAAACAAAAAGGCCAGGAACGAAACGCAUUGGAACAAAUGGAGUUGGGUCCCAUUAGAACGUUGCUUUAUGGAGCUAUUGCUGGUUGUUGCUCUGAAGCUGCAACAUAUCCAUUUGAAGUUGUGAGGAGACACCUUCAAAUGCAAGUCCGAGCAACAAAGAUGAAUGCAUUGGCAACGGGUCUCAAGAUAGUUGAACAAGGAGGCGUACCUGCUCUUUAUGCAGGAUUAGCUCCCAGCUUAUUGCAGGUUUUACCAUCAGCUGCUAUAAGUUACUUGAUAUACGAGUUAAUGAAGGUAAUGCUCAAAGUUGAGUAAUACACAUUUAUUUGUGUCAAUAGUUACCACUCCCUGAUGAGAUUUAGGUGUGAUCCGGGAUAAAAGUCCAUAUAUGCCCCUCGUGUUUGGGUAGAUAGUCACCUUAGCCUUUAAGAUUUUUUUUUUUAAUUAUUGGAAUAAAAUCUUGAUAUUGCCUUUUACAAAAAGUAUUAGCUUGUUAAUAAUAUAUGUUUUAAUUAAAUAUAGAAGAUUUUGACCUA